GUUCUCACUGGCAGUCUUCUGUAUUCUCCUGAAGGUGUCCUGCCCACCUUUUUCUCUUCCCUGGGCGUUCUGCCUGCCCCUAUGUCACUCUCAGUUAUUUUUAGCUCUUUCCUCUUCUGAUCAGAGUGCUGUUGGGAUUGCUUUUAGGCAUGGAGUUAGAGGCGGUGCUGAGAUUUUGGCAAGGGGGCUAAGAGUCUGUAACGUCCUGGGGCAACCUGAUAUCCCUAGGUCUAGGGAAAAUGUUUACAGGCAGAAACCUUGACGCUGGCACUGGAAGACAGGGGUGUUCUCAGAAAGGGGACAUAGAGAAGGACAGUUGGGGAGGGGGAAUCUAAGUUGUGGCUAUAACCCCUUUGGAAAUACCAAAGCAAUUUUGAGAGUAGUGUCGAGAUGAUAGAAUGAUUAUCCAGGGUUAAAGACUCAGCUUUAAAAGAUAGGCAGGAAAAGAAAGGAGAUGGCAUGAACUAAGGAAAUAAUAUAGCAAAAGGAGGGGGAGGAGAGAAGUAAAUUAGAAACUAGAGCAGAUAUGUUUAAAGCAGGAAGUGAAUGAGUGAAAAUAGAUGAAGGAGAAGUAGAAGAAAAGAUGCCAGCUGAGAUACAAAUAGUGUGAAUAUUGGAAAGAAUAGUGUGAAUAUUGGAAAGGAUACAGGAUAGAAUAUCUGAACUGGGAGUUUUCUGGAGAAGGCCUCAGCAUUUGGGUGAACUUUGAAUCAUGACCACCUACAUCAUCUCAGGCUCUCUGUAGCUGCCAGCUCUACCAUGGAGAAGCUAUUGCCACUGACUGCAGGGGAAAGUGAGCCCAUUGUCCACUGUGGGGGACAUUCCCACAAGGACUGUUGUGAGCGGGUGGUGAUAAAUGUUUCUGGCCUACGAUUUGAGACACAAGCAAAGACUUUAAGGCAAUUCCCCGAUACUUUACUAGGUGAUCCUCUGCGGCGUUUGCAAUAUUACGACCCAUUGCGUAAUGAAUACUUCUUUGAUCGCAACAGGCCUUCCUUUGAUUCUAUUCUGUAUUAUUACCAAUCUGGAGGACGGCUUCGAAGGCCAAUCAAUGUACCUCUUGAUGUUUUUUUGGAGGAACUCAAAUUCUAUCAGCUCGGUGAAGAAGCUCUCACUAAAUUUCGUGAUGAUGAAGGAUUCAUCAAGGAAGAAGACCAGCCCAUGCCUGAGAGAGAAUUCCUCAAACAAGUGUGGCUGCUCUUUGAACAUCCAGAGAGCUCUCAGGCUGCCCGCAUCAUUGCAAUCAUUUCAGUUAUGGUCAUUCUUAUCUCCAUUGUGAUUUUUUGCCUGGAGACUUUACCUGAGUUUCGGGAUGAGAGCGACAUGUCUUUGCCGCUUGUCCACCAUCAUUUGAAUAGCAGUGUGCCGCAUACAAUGCCACCAAAGUCUCAUUCUGAAGAUCCUUUCUUCAUUGUGGAAACCAUUUGCAUCUGUUGGUUCUCCUUUGAACUCCUGGUGCGAUUCAUAGCCUGCCCAAGUAAGCCAGCUUUCUUCAAGAAUAUCAUGAACAUGAUUGAUUUUAUAGCCAUCAUCCCUUACUUUGUUGCCCUUGGUACAGAGUUUGCACGCCAGCGUGGGGUAAGCCAACCUGCCAUGUCAUUGGCUAUUCUCAGAGUCAUCCGGUUGGUAAGAGUCUUUAGAAUCUUCAAACUCUCCAGACACUCCAAAGGAUUGCAAAUCCUAGGUCAGACACUUAAAGCCAGCAUGAGGGAACUGGGCUUGCUCAUCUUCUUCCUCUUCAUUGGAGUCAUCUUGUUCUCCAGUGCUGUCUAUUUUGCAGAAGCUGAUCAUGAUCGGUCAAAUUUCUCCAGCAUCCCUGCUGCCUUCUGGUGGGCUGUGGUUACCAUGACGACUGUGGGAUAUGGUGACAUGUUCCCUGAAACAAUUGGAGGCAAAAUUGUGGGGUCUCUUUGUGCCAUUGCUGGAGUACUCACUAUCUCGCUUCCAGUACCUGUCAUUGUCUCCAACUUCAGCUACUUUUAUCACCGAGAAACUGAUUGUGAGGAUCAAGGUCAAUACACCCACAUUACAACAUGCCCAUAUACCCCACCACCAUCCCCAGAACUUGCUGCCAUCCAAAGUAAAGCUCAUAUCCAUGAGAAAGCUCUACAUAGAGAGAAACAUGGGGACAAAGAACUUAUUGUACCCAAUUCAGAAUUUCUAGAUGGUAUGGUGCCUACAGGCAAUUCAGAAUUGCCCAACAAACGUCUUGUGACCCAAGUGUGAUCAUCUCAUCCACCCAAGCAAUUCUUGUUUGCUACAUGCCUUUCUUUACUUCAUCUCAGCAUAUUUAACUUGAAAGUUCUGUCAUGAGCAGAACCAUGGAAAUUCUGCCAUUAUAAGGCCAUGGGCCAGAAGUCUGAUCUGUUGUUGUGCUUAAAAACUAGUAAUUAAGAGAUUAAUUUAGAGGGGAGGGUUUGCAAUGGGACAAAUUACAAUGGGCUGCCAAAGGAUCAGACUCUAUAUAGUAAGAAAAAGGAAUUAAAUUUCAAAGAGGCAGUUGAACAAACAUAUAUUCUGCCAUAUUGUUCUUUCCUAAAUUGGAGUUGCAAUUAGUCAUCAAAAAAGGUUCUUUCUAUUUCUUUUAUUUCCCUUUACUCUGUUAUCUACCAUCCUUGACUCAAUAGGGCACAAAGAUGCCUUCCUGAAACCACAGUACUGUGUUCUUGGGUUACAUCUGCUGGAUCGUUCAAUGGAACAUACCCAGGGCAAACAGACCCCAAAUAGCAAGUGUGGGGAUAAAUAAGGGAGUGCUAUUAGGCAGUCAUUUUUAUUCAGGAUAUUACAGGCAACAUUGUCAUCAUAUUAAGAAGGAACUGUAAAAACAUCUCUAGAAGGCCUGUUGCUGCUCUGCUGCUGCUGCUGCUGCUGCUGCUACUUCUACUACUACUACUACUGCUACAGGUUUUUCAUCAGCCUACUUCCCUAACAUAGGACUUCUUUACUUAGAUUACACAACAGAUAAUUUGCCUUCAUGUUUCUGAGAAUUUACUUCGAAAAUUGCUCGUUUUUUAAGCAAUAGCAAAACUGUAGUAGUUGUAUAAUGUAUUUUAGAAACUACUUCAUUUAUUUCUGAAAUUUAAUGCAACCCUCUUUUCAGCACAUUCUUGUACUUCCAUGUUCAGUCCCCUACAAAGAAAAGGGAUAAGUUAAUAUAACAUUGAAACCAAGAUCAACCCUGUUAACUACCGUAUACUUCAAACCAGCCCAACUUUUAAAAAAGCAGGGUAAAGGAGCUUAGAUUGAGCAACAGAUAUUGUGUGGGUGCUCAUGAGCAUAUCUUUGAGACAGCAUUGACUCAUGUCAACUACUAGGAUUAGUCUGUCCAGUUUUUUUGACAAGAUUUUUGGAAGUGGUUUUCUGUUACCUUCUUCCUGGAGUUAGAGAGAACUAACCCAAAGUCACCCAAUUGGCUUUAUCUCUAAGGCAGAAAUUUCCUGGUUUCUAAUCUGGUGCUUUAAUCACAAACUGACUCUCCUUAGAAUACCAUUAAAGAGCAGCAACUGAUUAUUAUUUAAUCCCUCAUUCAGCACUAUUGUUUUCUUUUGCCUUUGGUGCCAAAAAAAUGUGAGUUGUUCCUGGACAACUCAAUAGUCUUUCCUUACAAAUAUGCACAAUCCAUUGUAAUCUUCCAUUGCUUUUUAUACUUAUGGGACAAAAACCCUCUUGCUUCAAUUUUAACCACUGUCAAGUUCAUAGACCUUUCCCACCAAAAGCCAGUUAACUGUUAAAAACCUUUAAUUCAGGUUAACCUUCUGCUAGCUAGUCUCAAGCAGUUUCUUUUACUUCAUAUGUUUUAAAAUACCAACUUGAUCUCUUCCAUGUUCACUAGAUUACAGCUCCAUUCUUUCUGGGUGGAAUUUUUAAACCUGUAGACCAAUAGUUAUAGAGGGCACUAGACUGGGAAUGAUUGGGUUAAACUUUAAAGAUAAAUCCUUGUUUUAGUUAUCCCAUGAAAUAUUCAUGGGGAAUGGAAGUGAGGGUGGUUCUGAAAGUCUUAACAAUAAAUACCCAUCAGUUGGGGGGAAAGUGAAACUGAAAAAGAGAAAGACCUCUCCUACCCCCAUUUCCCAGACACUUUUAUUUGUCUUAAUAAUAUUUGUAUUACACUAGUCUUAAAACGAGAGAAAGGGAAGAGUUUACAUUUUUGGUCAAACAACAGCACUUUCUCUUAAUUAUGUUUGUUUUAUCUUAAAGUAGGGCAAAAAGAACUAUAUAAAUAAAAAAAGCUUCUUGAGCUCAAGCUUAAAGGACAGUGUGUGAAUAAAUGAAUCUAAACAAUAGUGUGAGUUGUGUGAGUGAGUAUUGAGGCUACAAAUAUCUCAACAGAAAUGCAAUACAAUAGAAAUGGCUGGCAAGUGGAUAAUGUGGUAAGUUUAAAAAAUAUAGCUACAGUUAAAUUAUCCCUUUGCCCAUUUCUUAGAUCAGGAAUGUAAUGACAAAGUAAUGCUAUGUAGAAUAUGUUGUUAACAAGAAUAGGCAGGGCAGGGUGAAGAGGUGCAAAGGAAGACAGGAUUCAUGCAUCUGCCUCUUGGAAGGAGAAGGUUCAGCAAAUGGAUGGGUCAGCCAGAGUGAACAUAACAAGAGCCUGCUGGACCAGACCAACAUCUAUCUACCCCAGUAUCUGUUUUCCAGUAAUAGUGCUGUCUGAGUAAGUUGGACUUUGACUCCCAUAAAACUUGGGAAGUUUGGGAGUUGAUGUCCAAUGUCUCAAAAAAUACAACUGAUUGAGCAAGGCUUGACUUGGCAGUAAACCAACUCUUUAUUAGAGUUGUAACAUAUGAGUGAUAUAAUUGAGUUUUAAAAAGAAUUCCUGUUUUCUACUAGUACAUGAAAAAUGGGCAGAGCAUAAACACUACAGAAUUAUAAUUUUAAACUUAUUGACAAGCUAUGUUUAAAACAAAGUUUGUAAAUAGUGUUUGUUGCUGAAAAAUAAGACAAAUAAAACACACUAUGGCUUAAUGUACUAAGAGAACCCUGCUUAUAAAUUUGUCUCUUUUUAAAAUAGGACUUUUUAUUAUAUCUUGUGGAGGAAAUUCUACAGAUUAAGAAAUUAACUUUAUUUGUCCUAAAUUUCCUGCAAGUUUCCUUCUCUGGUAGCCCCAUAUUUUACCAUUGUGUGUGUGAGGGGGAGAAGAAACAUCUAUCUGCCUUCUGUGCACUAUGCAAAGGCAAGCUUAUUAACAAUGAAAGUGAGUGCAAGAAGAAAAGGAUUACUCUGGUGAAAAUUGCCACCUUGUCGCUCAUAAAUGCUCUGGGUGAAGGAAUCUUAAAGUUACAGGAUACACUUUGUAGAUCAUGUAACUGUUUAGAAGUAUAGUGCCUCUGCCAGGAACAUAGGUGACAAUGAUCCUUUUUAACAACUAGAGUACUUCCUGGGCCAGCUGUAAUUAAAACAUUUUGAGUAGCAUGUAAUUUAUCUGCAUAAUUUCAGUAACUGAUGUAACUUAUGACCAAAACAAUUGCACUAUAGUUGCUAAGCACAGUCAUGGUGGCUAUAUCUAUAAAUGGUACUAUCCACAAAUGUAUUUGCAUUUAUUACUCAACCAUUGUGGAUACAGGAUUAGAGUAAAGCUUAGAAAAUAUUUGGAAGAAAUUAACAUAUGUAAGCAUUCCAAAGCUGGGAUCCAGAUGGAAGCUGCUACAGCUUUUGUUGGAUAAUGAGGUAAUUAUAAACACCUGUUGGAUGUGGGUUGAGAAAUCUGUUGCUCUUCUGAUAUUGCUAAAGGGCAACUUCCAGCAUUCCCCAUGAUGAGCCUUGCAAAAAGUCAUUAGGGAUGCUCCACAUUUGCUCUAGACCAGUGGUUCCCAACCUUUUUUGGGCCAUGCCCCACCUAAACAUCUCUAAAAUCCUGAUGCCCUCCAUAUAAUUCUUACUAUUCAAAAAGUGAACUCCUACUCACGCGGAGGAAGCCUAAAAGGCCAUUAACUUGGUUUAAACAUGGUUUCAAAGAACAUGGCAUCCAUGAAAGAGAAAAAUAAAAGAAUGAAAGACAGUAGAAGUACUGAGGAACUUAAAAAUAAUAUAUGAAGGGAUAUGAAAAAACAGCAAAUGAAGUUUCAAAACAUAUAAUAACUGAAAUGCGUAAAUAUAAAAUAAUUUUAAUGAAAACUUUUUCUGUAAUACUUUGAUCAUAUUAAUUACUAUACAUAUUAAAAUAAAGGUACCUAACAAAUUCAAAAUACAAUCUGAACUCACCUCAAGAUCAUAUUUACAACACAAUCCUAUGCAUGUCUACUCAGAAGUAAGUACCAUUGUCUUCAAUGGGACUUACUCCCAGGAAAAUGUAGGAUUGCAGCUUUAGUCUACUUAAGUUAGUGAGAUCCUUGUGCUUGAUGCCUGCUGCAGAGAGAUUUUAUAUUAGGCUCCAGUUUAGUCAGCUUCAUUCUCAAGUCUCCUCAUUCAGUGAUAUCCAGUCGAUUUCUUUUCUUCAGUAGCAAAUCAUUUACAGCACUAAAGCCACAUUCAACUAAAUAUGAAGAUUGGAAUGGUAACAGCAAUUUUCUUGCAAAGUAGGUUGAAUUUGGGUAUUUAGUUUCUGUCUCAUCACAAAGCUAUGCCAUGAUAAUAAGAAACAACUAUUAAAAGAAGAUGGUGCAGAAAGAAGAAAAUUUAAAAAAAAACAUUCUUAGCUUAAUUUAUGAAUAAUAAGAUUGUCAUGAACAAAAGGGGGGUUGUAACCUAUGACCCCCCCUACUCGCCCACUCAGUUUGAACCUGCAGCUUAGUGGGGAAAUGCUUUGGUAGUUCAGUAGGUGGAGGUGAAUCACACAGGCAUGGCAAGCGUGGCCCAGCCCCAGAUUGCUCUGAGAGGAAAAGUCUUGUAAAACACGGCCUGGGAAAACACAGACUAAAAAUAACUGUAAAUCUAACAAUUUCUUACUUAAACCUGGGUCCUGGUUCUGUAUCCUCACUGCUGGGCUUCCCCCAGCAGCCAUCCACUGUCUCCCCACAGAGCCGCUCCCCCUGCAACCACCCAGCAGCAAAGCCCACAGGAGACUCUGCCAGUUCCAUGAUCCUUACUGGGAACACUUUUGAUUGGCUGGCAGUUGUUCCCUCCUCCCCCCAGCUGGGAUAUCCUUUUCAGACCAGGCCCUAGGAAAUGCACUUUAACAAAGACAACAAUAGGUAAAUGAAAUAUAUAAGAACGAUUAGUGAGCUUUCAAAAAUUCAGUUAAUAGCUCAUUUUCGAAUUGCCCCGAUUAAAAAUCAAAUUCCCUCCCUGUGGGGCAUGGGCCCCAUGUUGCGAACCACUGCUCUAGACUGAUAAACUUUACAUUCAUCAGUAUAAUAUGGGAGUGUUCCUCCCCCCUCCUUUUCAGCACAGUACCAUCAAUGUUGAAGUCUCCACAAUUUUUCCAGCAAAUAAUAAUUAGGCAUUGAUGGAAAAAGGAUAUUGGACUAGUUUUUGCUAACCUUCUCUUCCAUAAUGCUUUGAAUCAAAUGUUAAUGGUAAAGUAAAUGUUUCAUUGUCUAUAGUUACUUUGGUUUCUGUGGUUAAAAUGGAUUGGCAGGUUCACCAGUAUCACUGUCAAAUGUUAUCAUGGAUUAUAUAUGUUCUAUUAAAACUAUACAUGUG